UAUGGAGCUUUGAAGCUUCAUCUAGACAGUAGACUGUAGGUUUCAGAGAGGUUUUGAAGCUUCAACCUUUAACAAAAUAAUCAAAAGGAAAGCAAAAACCAUAUUCAUUUUCAGAUUAAUCCCACAUUUCUUCUUCAAAAUCCUGAAAGAUUCAUUGGUCCUUUUCACUGUAUUAUUGUCUAAAGCAAGAUGGCUGUUUCUACUCCCAUCAGCACAUGCGCCAAGAACGUAGUCUGCUUAAUCGGGAACGUGCGGAGACAGACGAUUGUCCGUGUUUCUGAUGCGUUCCAACACUCAUCGUGCGGUUGCUGCACCUUCAACAAACAUGGCAGACUAAAUUAUUUCACCACCAAUGCAAAGUCUAAUAGCUUUCAAGCAUUUAAGGGCGACUCUUUUGGAUGCCAUUCGCUCACAUUUAAAGGUCUCGUUGGUCCUAGACGUUAUGGGAAGGUUCAUGUCAAUGUUGGAUACGAGGAUACAAAUUUGAGACUUUUGAUGGGCAGACGAAACCGGGCUUCCAAAGUUAAAUGUAGCGUAGGACCUUUUUCUUUGAGGCAGCGCGGUGUAUCAGCCGGCUUUUUUAUUGGACUAAUGGUUUGUUUUUCGACCGCUCAACCUUCAUAUGCUGAGUCACCCGAGGGAAAUGAAACGAGAGGAAAUUCUUCCUCCAGCAAUUCAAAUAACAAGAAAGUCCUGGCUGACUACUGUGUGAUUGGUAUACCUGGAGACGGGAGAUGCUUGUUCCGUUCUGUUGCUCAUGGAGCUUGCAUACGACUUGGAAAUCCAGCACCAAACGAGGAUGCCCAAAGGGAACUAGCUGAUGAGCUACGGGCUAGAGUGGCCGAUGAGUUUAUCAAGAGACGAGAAGAAACAGAAUGGUUCAUAGAAGGCGAUUUUGAUAAAUACAUCUCACAAAUAAGGAAGCCUCACGUGUGGGGAGGUGAACCCGAAUUAUUAAUGGCUUCUCAUGUUCUCCAGAUGCCAAUCACUGUAUACAUGCGCGAUGAAGAUUCUGGUGGCUUGAUAUCUAUAGCCGAGUACGGGCAAGAAUACGGAAAAGACGAUCCCAUUAGAGUUCUUUAUCAUGGAUACGGUCACUAUGACGCUUUGCACCUUCUUGGUAAAGGAGGGGCGAGGCCUCGACUUUGAGACUCCUGCUCGGACGCAAUAGAAAGGACUUUUCGACUGAGUUAGAACUUAGAAGCUACUCUUCAGCUCCAUAACAUGCAGUCCUGGUUAAUAUAUGAGUUUCAUGUACACUAACACUACUUUCUCACGUGCGUGUGUUGGCCUAGUGGUAGAGUGAUUAAUAUUUGAGGCGAAAGGUCUCGUGAUGCGAUGUAUGCUGACUGCUGCUUGUUGCAUCUCGGAUACCCUCAGCCAAUGAGGAGAAGAGACAGAAUGUAAUGUUGAUGGACCACCAUAGCACUUGUGUGAAGGUGCAUUUUGUAUCGUCUCUUUUGCAUAUUCUUUUGUGAAAAGUCUUUCCUAUGUUUGAGAUGUAAUAAAAGGGUAUGAGCUGUGUGUUCCACUAUGAGGGCAGAAUUGGAAUUUUCCGCUUCUGUUUUUAUCAUUUUCUCGUUGUUUUUUGA